CCUUAUCAGUAUAUAUCAGUAGCUGUCAGUUCAUUUAAUUUGACUCGCAGGAUUUUCGAAAGUUUUUUGCGGGUUCACAGAAAGCUUAUUCUCUUAUCAGAUUCACCAACAGUACUCUUCAAAAGGUAUUUCAGUUUGCUGUUUGCUCAUCUGGUGCAGAUCUUCAAACCCUUAUCACUACCUCAUUGAAUGAUCUCAGCAUUCGGCAAGUUUUUCUGCCGUUUACAAGUUUCUUGGCCGUUUAUCUUCUGUGUCAGUGAAUUCAACAAUGGCUGAAGAAGUGAGGAAGUACCUAUUUGAUCUUCUCUUCAAGGUAGAUGGUCUAUACUGCAUUCUAAUUACAGACAGAGAUGGAGUAGCCGUGAUCAAAGUUGCAACUGAAAAGACACCUGAGAUGGCAAUGCGGCAACCAUUUUUGUCUGCUUUCUCAAUGGCAACUGAUCAAGGAAGCAAAUUUGGCCUGGGCAAGAAUAAAUCGAUUAUUUGCAUGUACGGAAAUUAUCAGGUCGUGCAAAUUAAUGACCUUCCUCUCGUAAUCACAUUCAUCGGAAGCCAAGAUUGCAACACAGGCCACGUGAUGGCCCUAAAAGAACAAAUUUCGCCUCUGCUUCAAGAGCUCAAAAAGUCUGUUGUAGAGUCCUGAAAAUUACUACCAUUUUAAGAGCAUCAACUUUUUCUGCUGGUUGGUUAUAUGAUUACAUUCAAGCCGGUUACCCAUCAGAAGCUACAUCAUCAAGAUCUGAAUGUUAAUGCAAAAUUUUGCAUCAGUUUUAUGCUCUUUGAUCCAAUCAACUCAAAAUUUUUGAUUACUUCAGUUUUAAUUUUUAUUUUUUUAUCACCAUAACCUAAUUAUCAGUCAAAAAAUGCUCAAGCGAAAGACCAUUAAUCAUGUGAUUUUUGAGAAGUAAGGGUGAGAAAUCAGGAUGAUGGAAAUAAUUAAUCCUCUGAAUUGUGCCGAAAGUUUUAAGCCCUCUUGAAUCCCAAGUUAUUUUCUCCAAUUUUGUGCUCUUUAAUUUUUGCCACUCAUGCUCAAACCAGUAACUCUUUUUUGAGUCUGCCAGCACACCAUUGACAAGCCUCUCCAAUCAUGGCCCUCUUGAUUAAGUUAGUUUUCCAGCAUUACCUCAAAUGAAAUUGCCAUGCUUGGUCUUACCAUGUUAGAUUGAUAAUUAUCUGCGUAGGUAUUGUUGCUAGGUCACUGCAGUCUACUUGAAAGUAUUUAGUGAAACUCCCUCAUUCAGUGAAGCAGCAAUACCUACUAAUUAAUGCACAUUAUUAUCUAUAACACUGUAAAUUAGAUUUCCCAAUUAUAGGUCAUGAUGUUAAUAUCCACUUAUCAAUCAAUUAAUCUACUUUGUAAAUAGAUUUUUGUUGUUAUUGAACUGAUAAAUUUAUCUUUUUAUCCAUGUAUAUACAUUUUUACUUGGUAUGAAAUUUCUUGAACACAAAUAAAAUAAUAAAUGUGGAAAGAAAUAAUAUGAA